AUGUUUGAUUUGGUUCCAGGAUAUGUCGGCGGCAAAGAGUUUGUUCAUUGUCUCCUCCCUCCUUUGGAAUCAUUGGCUACUGUAGAGGAAACUAUUGUUAGAGAUAAGGCGGUUGAGAGCCUCCGCGCUAUUGCUCAGGAGCAUUCUCCAGAGGAUCUAGAGGCUCAUUUCGUUCCAUUGUUGAAGAGAUUGGCUGGCGGAGAUUGGUUUACUAGCAGAACCUCCGCCUGUGGACUCUUUUCCGCCUCAUACCCUAGAGUGUCCGCUCCCGUCAAGGCUGAGCUGCGAACCAUGUUCCGAAACCUCUGCCAGGACGAUACUCCCAUGGUCCGAAGAGCUGCCAGUGGAAAGCUUGGAGAAUUUGCCAAGGCUGUUGAGGUAGAAUACCUGAAGUCUGAUCUAGUUCCGAUGUUUGUAAACCUGGCCCAGGACGAGCAGGUCAGCAAUGAUUCAGUUCGUCUUCUGGCCGUUGAGGCGUGCGUCUCCAUCGCCGAGAUACUAGAGAAGGAAGACGUAGAACAGCUGGUGAUGCCGACACUACGCGCGUGCGCAGAUGAUAAGAGCUGGCGAGUGCGGUACAUGGUUGCGGAUAAGUUUACUGAGCUGCAGGCUGCUGUAGGACCGGAUAUCACCAAGACGGAUCUUAUCCCGGCGUUCCAGUCUCUACUCAAGGAUUGUGAAGCAGAGGUUCGUGCCGCGGCUGCGCACAAAAUUAAGAAUUUCUGUCUAGCUCUAGAUCCUUCUAUUCAAGAGUCAACCAUCAUGAACAAUCUUCUACCAUGUAUCAAGGAGUUGGUAACGGAUGGCAACCAGCAUGUUAAAUCUGCUCUAGCUUCAGUUAUUAUGGGACUCUCACCUAUUCUAGGAAAGCAGAAUACUAUUGAACAUCUACUCCCACUGUUUCUUACUCAGUUGAAGGAUGAAUAUCCAGAGGUUCGGUUGAAUAUAAUCUCCAAUUUGGAUUGUGUGAAUGAAGUGAUUGGAAUCCAACAACUCAGCCAGUCCCUCCUACCCGCAAUUGUGGAGCUAGCAGAGGAUACGAAGUGGCGUGUAAGGCUGGCCAUUAUUGAGUACAUGCCUCUCCUUGCAGGUCAACUAGGGGUUGAGUUCUUUGAUGAAAAAUUGAACUCGCUGUGCAUGACCUGGCUGAUCGACCACGUGUAUGCGAUCAGGGAGGCCGCCACCAACAACCUCAAGAAGUUAGUCGAGAAGUUCGGGGCAGAGUGGGCUCAGCAAACAGUCAUUCCAAAGGUUAUUGCUAUGUCACGUGACCAAAACUACCUGCAUAGGAUGACCUGUCUCUUCUGUAUUAAUGUGCUCUCCCAGUCAUGUGGGGCUGAGGUGACUGAACGUCUCCUUCUCCCAACUGUCCUCUCCAUGGCGGGGGAUGGUGUGGCUAAUGUCAGGUUUAAUGUUGCAAAGACUCUUCAACAGAUUGCUAUGGUUCUACCUUCAGAUACCACCCAGGCCCAAGUGAAGCCGACCAUUGAUAAACUGAACACAGAUUCAGAUUUUGAUGUUCGUUACUAUGCAUCUGAGGCCGCAAUGGUUUGCUAGUGUUGUGAGACCAGUUAAGAAAGGGAUAGAGUGCUCGAAAUUUCAACGUCUGAUCAUCUUUCGACAUUUGUGCUCGAGAAUUGAACUCCUCGACUCCAUCGACACGAAAAAGUGACGAGUGACUUCAACGUCGUUUAUUUAAGUUUUAAUUAACUAAAAAUUAAGUCGUUUCUGUAUUCGUCCAAGUUAA